AUGUACGAUUGCACGUGGAUCAUUACAGCACCAUCUAACCACACCGUCAAAUUAAAAUUUACGAUAUUCAACCUCCUCGAUUUAUAUCCACGGAUCUACAGGAGCGAGAUUAAAGUCUUUGAUGGAAAAAGGAAAAAUGAUACGUUGCUUGGUAUUUUUAGUGGAUCAAGACGCCCGUUCAUCGUACAAACAAGUGGCCAAUUCAUGAUGUUAACCUUUAAAAGGUAUCAUGAACUUGCAUUAUUUAACUUCAAGGGAGUUUGCUCUUCAACUUCAAUAAAAGGUGAGCUACAUGUACCCAGGAAACAAUUUUAAAAAAUUUUUGGAAGGAAAUUUCCAGGGUUUGAAUUGUGAAAAGACCUCUUUCGUUAGAAUAGUUAAACUAUAUGAUAUUUAUUUAUAAUCACCAAAAACUCCAAAUAAUAAAGCCUUUUCUUCUAUUAAGUAAAAUUAAUGAAGAAUGUCUCCUGCGUGACCUUGUUACGUGUCUCCUGCGUGACCUUACAUUUCGUUCAGAAAUACCUUAUCUAUUUAUGGUGUCUUGAAAAUCUCAUCACUGUUCUGUAAUAAUGUGUUUACCGCCAUAAAAUAACAGGAAUUAGAGCGUCGAUAACGGACAUCCAAAACUUUGCUCACCAAAAGCAGAAAAGGAAACCUUGAAUAUUGCCUUUUUACGUAGAAGGCUUUGACAGCUAAAUCAAGCAUUAAAAAGAGCUUCGGGUCAUUUGUGCAAAUUAGCAAUGGACACCACAAGAGAGGUCGUGUAAAAGGUAGAAAGCUAGGUAAAUAUCGCUAUAUAUCGUAAAGUGUAUGAGCUUGCAGGCAUUUUUUAAAGUUAUUUGGUAGUUCCUUAAAAAAAACGGUGUGAUGUGGUUGAUUCCUUAUUGUAAAAAUUGUGUAUGGUAAUAGAUAAGUUUGAGGGGAUUUAUAUGGGGAUCCAUUAGCUCAGAAGAUCUAAAAAUACGCACACUUAAAGCCUAGUAUAUCUUUUGAUGAAACUUUUAUUGCUUUUUCUAAAUGUUGCUGUGCACCGGCCCUUAAAAGUGUGACCAGUCGAUAUCAAUGCUAGGAAAAUUUGCUGGACGAUAGAAAGGAACCUUUAAAAUCCAUUACACCACUAGACGUUUCAUUCCAAAAAAGUACCAAAGUCUGGUUUUCUAUGACAAUAGGGAUCUUCAGUUAACACCGCCGAAUCCAAGAGAUCUAAACAAAAUUUCCGUGAGAAAUUCUAAACUUUUAUCCGUCUCUUCGACGAGCACCAUGCUCGCAAUUUUGAAUGUCACUGACCUGCGAGACGUGACGUCACACUGGUACGAGGACUGAACCACCGAGGUCCUUCGAGACACCUCCCCUUCCCUGAACCUGAUUAAGUGCACAAAAAUUAGUGCGAAGCUUAUAAUACUUAUCAAGAAACGAUCCUUCUAUUUUUCGAGAUUAUUGAAUUAUCGAAUUGUCGACAUUCGGGUAUGAUUAACUUAUAGUUUCGGUCAUCGAGGCCUAGAAUACGACAGGCCUCUCAGUAUUAGUCUGUCGAGCAAAACGCGCGAGAGCAGAAAAUGGGCACGCGUGCGACUGAGGGCGGGAGAUCGAGAGGAGGGGGAAAAAGAGAGAGACUACUACCAUGCAAAAGGCCCUGGUGAACUACCCUUCAUGGUAAAGUGAUUUUUAUAGUGUAAAAGUUCAAGUGUAAUUAAAGGUUUUAAGCUGAACUUUGUCUCUUGAUUUUCUUAAUUUCAUUUAAACCUGACAUCACAACCGCGGGAGAUGACUUUUGAGUACAUUCGGUUUUCCUGUCAGAAGCUCGUCCAUGCCCCGCCGAGUGAGUGUCAAAUGCGUGCAAGAUAACAUUCUCUAAGCUGCAAUGGCGUCACAUCCUAAGAUAAGAGCUUCCAAUGCGCCACUUUUCUCUCAGACUGGAAGCGAGAGACAUAUUUCAAAAAUGAUUUUCGAUUGUUGACUGUUUGCUGUCCAUGCUCCAAGCAUUGGCCAAUUAUUCUUGUUGCUGCAUGAGGGCAACGCAUAAUUCAUCAUUAGCUUUCAUUUUAGCUUUGGCAGCACCAAAUGCAUUAGCCUAUUAUCGGAGCUGUAAACAAUGUUUGGAAGGUAAAAAUACUGAAUUAUGAUUCUCAUCUAUAAGACUACUAAACGCUAAGAUUUGUGUUAAAUCACUUUUGUGUUUGAUAUCCGUCGAUGUUUUGAUAACGUCGAAAUAGAGCAGGCUUUUCCUAGUGGCGGAAAAGGGGUCCCAUACUAAUAUCGAGGUUCAAAAUGCACAGCCUGGACGCGCUGCUAGUCCAUCGCAGGAUUACCCCCAGCAGUAUGUCGCUUGUACCCAUUUAUACACCUGGGUGAAGAGAGACAAAGUGGAGUAAAGUUCCUUGUUUAAGGAAACAAUGCGAGGGACGAGGCUUGAAGCCCGGACCUCCAGAUCCUCUGAGCUAUAAAACAAAUAACCGAUUUUUGGAUGCAUUUGUUGUGUUAAAAAUAAUUGGCGAGGAACAUGGGCAAACUCAUUACGUUUUUCCUUUGAGAAAUAAUUAUUACGGAGACCGAAAAGCAUAAUUUUCCUCGCCGUUUAAGACAAGCAUUGGUUAUUUCAAUUUACAGAUAAGCCGGAGAUAAGGAUCCCGUUGUCAGCAGUACGCAGUGUACCAGAGCACUAUACCUGGUUCAUGGUGGAAGGCACCCCACCCAUUCAACCUUGGUUAGCCAACUCAUCUACACCUUUGGAGGGUGGGCAAGUGGUAAAAGGACUUAAAUUUAAUCAGACGGGAAACUAUACAAUUCUGGCAAAAAAUGAUGUAGGAAAUAGCUCCAAAACUGUUGACGUUAAUGUUAUGGGUAAGGUUUCUGUCUCAAGUUAACAUGUUAAUAUGUCCAACCCAUAUUUCAGUACCACCCUGUGAUAACUGUGAUAUUUUUUGCUCAUAUUCAGCGUCCCUCCCGAUCAAACGAGUCAACUGGGUUGCUUUUGAACGUACCAAAUGGUGUUUUUUUUUUCAAUAUAGUAGUUGUCAAGUUUGUAGCGUAACUUCAUGAACACAUUUUGUUUAGAAAUCUACCCUUGCAGUUGUGUCAAACGCUUUUCACUUGUCAUCUGUUACCUGAGACAAGAUGCAUUGAUUUUGCAGGUUGCAGGCAUUUAUGUCGAAGCAAUGGUUUUAUGAAUGGUUCUGGGCAAGUAAUCAACCAUCAUGACUGCAGUGGAGGCAAUGUUACAUAUAUUUGGAAGUGUCUACCAACAACAACUACUAAUUUGUAAGUGAAUUUCCUAGCUCGAGGAAUCUAUAAUUGCUGAUUUUAAUAAAAAUGCACUGUGGCAGUGAAUCAUGCGUGAAAAGAAUAAAAACGUUUGAAAGUAACCGCCCUAAAAAUCGUUUAGCUUUGAAAAAAAAAGCCUCCUGAGGUUUCAAUUAAUUAAAAUUAAAAAAAUACCUUUGAGCUAAAACGGACAUUAUUAUUUUCAUCGUUAAAGAAGUAUACCUUUGGUCGAUGAGGGUUUUUUACCUCAAGUAAAUCUACCAGUUUAUACGACCUCAACCUGAUUUUGAAUUACAGAAUGUUGUGGUGAUAUGAUUAUUCCUCGCGAAACGAGCGGCCUAUAAUUUGGUCGCGCCUUGUAUCUCGUGGAUCACACAGCGACGCAGAAACUCGAGUUAGCAAUAUUUCUAGAUAUCUCUUGGGCCUCCGCAUCCAGUGUGAAGUCAAGGUGCAUUUUCAACACGACUUCAAAUUCUGUGGUGCAAUAUAAUGUUUUGUUCAUGAAAGGCUGAUGUCUUUAUUCAUCGUCUGUCAAACAAUAUUUACUAUCGGUGAAUCGCGAUCAAUUUCUCAAAGAACUGAAAGAGAACGACAAGCACAAGACAAUGUUCCAUUUAACAAGUGGCUGGGAAACUCCACUGCAGCGAGAACGGGGACUUGAAAUCCAGCAUGAGCAACGAAGAAGGCGAGCUCGUGUAAAUAUAUCGAGCGGCCGUUAAAGCUGAGAGUGAAUAAACACAGAAAUAAAGCGAAAUGGCUUUAAAAUACUUGCUUAAGCUAAUUUUCCUCAAUAUCUCCUUGAAUUCAUGAUAAAUACAACUCUGCAAGCUUCAAAUAGCGUGUAUGGCAGAGAAAAAUGCUGUUGGUAUAUUGAUUGUACGGUAAGAAUUGUCCAGUGGCAGCAGGCUUAGUGGUUUGGGAGCUGACUCCACGCACUGGAGGCAAUCAUAGUGUAGGCUCGAAUCUCGACGUGGUUAUUUAUUUAUUUAUUGCGUUAUCUUUAUACCUUUUUUCUGUUUAUUUUUUUUUUCCGACAUAUUUUUGCCCUUUGGCUUCUUUCCCCGUAUUCUCAUUGCGGACCAUUUACAGCUUCGCGAGAUUUUUGCAAUAACGUAUUUCUAGUUUAACAAAUAAUUCAAGCCCCCGUCAUUCUACAUCCGCAGAAUGUGAAUGAUCAUGGUUCUCAACUAUGGAAACCCGUCGUAUGACAAUUAUGCAACCAAAGGGUAGCCAUGAACAGCCAUAAAGAUAUGAAAAUGAGGUUGACCAUGGUCAGUCUGGCUGUAGCUAAGGGCAGUAUAAAACAAUGCACUACUUCCUUAACAGCAUAAAGUGUUCUCCGAAAAACAGAACACACACGAAAGAAGGUCGAAGCACAAAACAUACUAUAUUACAGUAGGCAUUCGGAGGUGAAACCGCUGACCUGAAACUACGAAGCCGUGCUUUUGGUAGGCAAGUUUCCACACAGAUUCUCUUUAAAGUUUUUAGUCUAUCCAAGUUUAUUGAAGUCUCGAAUUAACCAUCCAACUUAAUUGAUAGAAUAUCUGCCAGAAAUUCCUUUCAAUUUUACACAAGGGUUAAGCCUGUGUAUGGGUACCUGCGGAAAUAAGUUUUUCAGGCGAAAUCGUCGCAUAUCAAGAAUUGUUUAACAUUGUAGCACUACUACCAAGCUCAACGCAACCACAACAACGACAAAAACGAGAAAAUAAACAAAACAAAAAUUCUGAACGUGGAGCACAAUGUUUGGCAAGCUUCUUUGUCGUCAUUGAAAGACUAACGUCAAAAGGGAUUGAAAUGGCAAUGCGAUAGUUGCAUCUCUAAGCUCGUCUUCGACUUCGAUUUCGUCAGAAAUAUCCAUGCAGGUUGUGAGCCAUUCAAACAACACCGCCAAUUUUAGCAGUGUAGGUGAAAAAAGUGUGAUUUUAAAUAGUUUAGGAUUUGGUGGAACCUGGUACAUUUACAUUAUGGGAUCGAGUCAGUUAGAUAACCUUAAUUCGUCAAUAAGGAUUGAAAGAAUGAAUCUCGACUUUAUGUUCUCAAUUUAUUCCACAAAACAUCACUGCGUGGCCAUUGGCUAUUAACCUUUUGCUAGUUAGUAAAGAAUUUUUUUUCCACCAUGGUUGCCAAUAUACCACGGUGAAGGGCUGAUGGUCACACCUUCCUGACACAGCCAUCGGAACAACCACGCCGAAUUGUUUUACACAGAUUGACAAUUUUGAUGUAAUUUUAAUUUAAAUUUUAAAGGACGCACUGCUUUUUUUUUUUUGUUAAAAUAACUUCUUUUUUUUGUUUCAAAACCAAAAAUAAGGAGACAUAUACACAUUAAUGUAGGUUACGAAUUUUCAUUUGCUGUAGGAAAUUGUCAAGCAGCAUGAUCGAGGAAAUCCCGCAUGGAAUUUUCGCAGACCUCUCUUCAUUGCAGAUUUUGUAAGUUAAUCACAUUUGUAUUUGUAGCUGUUUGGAUGCACAGACGGUAGACAUUUUGCCUAUGUACAGGUUCUGACGAUUAAUUGCUUGGAUACAUAAUUUUUCCUAAAUAACAAUGGCAAUAUACAGAGGAGUAGCAAUUACAAUUGCCGAGCAAAAACUUCAAACAUAACAUUCACCCACACCUGCCACGGCAAACGUUAAUUUUCCGUUAAAUUUCAUGUUGACGAAGAAACUCGAUCGGGAUUCAAGACCACAAUCAAAACAGUGGCGGAAUCGCAUUACAGUUCCUGAGAUUUAUUUGGGUUAAUUUACAAUUGCUUAGUAUGCUAUUACAACUGUGACGAUCAUAUCUUGUAUUUCUACAGUUCACAUUAUCUUUAUUUCAUGUUUCAUUCCCCUCACCGAUCAAAAAAAGAAGUCAAAAAAUUGGCUUGUUGCUAAAGUAUGGGUUUUCAUAGCUCAGUUGGUUGUUGUGGGUUCUGGAGGAUGAUGGCUUGCUUUCGUGGAAUGCGCCUCUGUGAAAUGCCGAAGAAAUAUCUGUUCUUGCAUUAACACAACUUUUCUGGACUUCCAUCAACCUCACCAUGCAGUGAUAGAUUUUACUAUAAGAUUACGUAUUUUAGUCCCUGUGUUUAGGUUAAGCCGUCUAUUCCCCUUCUGUAAUUCCCAUUUUAAAGGUUUGAAAAUCUUUAUCAUUACACUUGAUGUGAAGCCCCUUUUAAGAAAAGCAGGACCAUAACUCAACAGUUCAGGAUCAAUUUCUCCGAAGAAGACUUCAAAACGCAUUCACACCGCCAACCAGGUCAUGUGUGCACCCAAUUAGAACAUGAUUUUCGCCAAGUGUCCACGCUUAGAUGAAAGCAUAGGUAUUCGAGAAAAAGAUUUUUAUUAUUAUUUUUUUGUUUUAUGUGUUUUGUGCGCAUAGUUCAGAAAAGACAAUCAUUUCAGUGACCACACGAUAGUUCAAUAACAAAGCUAUAGUAGUUCGAUGACCACAACAGUAGUUCACCGAGAAUAGACUGCAUGCAGCUGCGGGGAAAUAGCCACGUACAAAGUGGCAAAUACUCAUUUAGCGAUGACACAAAAACCAAACUGAGAAGUAGCUAUGGCACAAUGUCAUUUAGUUCUAGUGAACUCACUAAAGAACAUAGACUGAUGGCAAUUUAAAAGUUAAAUAGUCAGCUCAGAAGGUCUGUCAUUCUCAUCACGGGCACAGUGAACAGACCUGGAAAGAGAGUCAGCGCUGAAAAGGAAAGUUAACACGGCCAGAAAAAAAAAACGAAACGUUGGAAAGUCUGGACUUGUGCGGUAAAGAUUAUCUAUUUAUUAAACAUGGAUUCAUGUUAAGCACGUAGGGCCAGCUGUGGUACCACAGCUUGAAACGUGUGGAAAAAGAGUCAAAAACAAGGUUUCUUCGACCGUCAACCGUUAUUUUUUCUACUUUCUCAGCGCGUGCUUUGUCGGAUUAUUUAGUAUAUCGUUUUCUGUUGGGCCGUCUUAACUUUCCAGGUCUGUUUUUUGGGAAGCAAGGGAUGACGCAGUGGUGAGAGCGGUCUCCUCCCACUAAUGUGGCCCGGGUUCAAAUCCCGGCGGCGACGCCGUAUGUGGGUUAAGUUUGUUGUUGGUUCUCCUGUUUUCCCCUCUCCUCAAAAACCAACAUUUCCAAAUUCCAAUUCGACCAGGAUUCAGGUAGACGAGGAACCAUUCUGUGGAUGUGGUACCCCCAAAUAAUAAUUUAUUUAUUUAUUUUCACUGUGCCCCUGAUGAGAAUGACAGACCUUCUGAGCAGACUGUUUAACUUUUAAAUUGCCCUCAGUCUAUGUUCCUGUUUACUUUAGGGAGCUCACUAAAAGUAAAUAACAUUGUGCCAUAGCUAUUUCUCAGUUUGGUUUUGUGUCAUCGCUGAAUGAGUAUUUAGCACUUAGUUAAUGCUACACAUUUAUACUAAAAUACUAACGUAUUUGUGGUUAUUUCCCCCGCAGCUGCAUGCAGUCUAUUCUCGGUGAACUACUGUCGUGGUCAUUGAACUACUUGUGUGGUCAUUGAACUACUAGCGUGGUUAUUGAACUGUUGUGUGUUCACUGAACUGGUUGUCUUUUCUGAACUAUGCACACAGCACAUAAAACAAAAAUAAUGAAAGCUGAAUUAAAUUUGUGACCCUGUUGCCCAAUCAUAUUUUUUAUUUAAAAAGAGAAAAUGACAUAUGAACGUGGAGGGAUAGUUUUCCCAUAUUUAAUAAGUAAUUUACUAUAUUUUGUUACAGAAAUUUGUCGAACAACAUGGUCAAACAGCUCGCACCAGGAGUGUUUGCAGAUCUCUCUUCGUUGCAGUUCUUGUACGUAUCACAGUCCGCGUAACUGUGUCUUUACGCACAUCCACUUUUAUAAAUAG